AUGCGAUCGAGUCGGCUCCUUAAACGGAUGAAGGAUAAAGCGCACCCCGUUGAUCAAUCGCCUACGAAUUCGACUUCAAUUUGGAAUUCGCUUGAAGUUCAUGAAGAAAGGCUUGAGGUCUAUCGAACUCAGAAGGAUCAAAGCAGAUAUGUCCCAACAGUUGAAAUCGGCUUGAAAGAAAAAAAACCAUGUAAAAUCAAAACUGCUGUACCAGAAGUAAUCGCAGCUAUUCCGAGUAGUGUUCCUGCGGUUCCUACUCCAGGUGGUGGCGGUGGAUUGGGUCUUGGUGGAUAUGAUCGUGGUCUGAAGCGUCCUGCACCGUGGUGA